AUGACUUGGACAGUAUUGUAUAGUGCUAUCAUAUUUUAUCUCAUUACUGCUAUCAGUGGUGCACCAAACCGAUCCCAAAGACCAGAAUGUCCGAAUAAUCAACUGAGAGUAUAUGUAAAUGUAACGGAAUCAGAUCGUGAAGAAUAUUACAUCAAUAGGACUGAAGCAAUCACUCUUCUUGAUUGCACACAAAAAUGUUAUAAUGAUCCGCAUUGUUUCUCGUUGAAAUAUCAUGAAGUAGAUCCAUUAGGUUGUAUUCUAACCGGUUUUACUCCUGAAUCAUGCCUGAAAAUUAUUUCUGUACCAGCUGAUAAAAUCAAAUAUGAUGCUAACACGAUUAUUACUAUUGAUUGCAUAAAAUGCAAAUUAAUAAAACAGCCUAAUGGAAAUAUUUCAUUCACUGAUGAUGUUGAUGAUGAUAAUGAUGAUGAUAAUAAUAAUGAUAAACCACUGCAAUCAUUACCGGUAUUGCAAAAUACAAUUGUUUCUAAUUCUGAGAUUAAUGUAUGCGAACCUUCACCGAUGAGAUGUCAGAAGGAUAUAUGGUUUAUUGCCGAAGAGCAGAUUAAUGGAGCAAGUUCUGAUUUCUUUGAAAAAACAGUCACGGCAAAUUCAGUAGGAGAAUGUGCUGAAAAAUGUUUCGACGAUUGUUGUAAGAUUGCUGGCUAUUCAGAAAUUGAAAAAAAAUGUCAAUUAACAAAGGAAAAUAAAAGUGAAGAUGUUGACAGCUGUGAUAUGAAACCUUUCUCUUCUUAUGUCAAUCAAUAUAAUGGAUCGAAUUGGAUCAAAAUAACAUGCGUAACAUGUGGUUUAUCAUCAAUAAAAAACGAUCAACAUAUGCUAACAACAUCUGCGGGAGAUUUUGCGGAUACAGAAAAGUCAAUACGGUUAAAAGAAAAAAGCAAAAGUGGAAACGUUGAAAAAGUGUCAGAAUCUGCGGAAGUAUCGCAGUCUAAUAAUUCUAAAGAACCCAUAAUACCUUCAGCACUUAAUACAUUUGAUUCCUUACCAGAUAAAUUACAGUCUCGACUUGAUUCAGAAUUUAUGAAUAGAGCUUGCGUUGUUACAUUUGAAGUUAAUCUGGAAGCCGAUAUGGCUAAUUUCAAAGCACAAGAUAGUGUGAAAGCUAACAGAGCCGAUCAUUGCGCGUACCUUUGCUAUCGAGAUGCCUGUAGCGCAGCUAUCUUUACACCAGCAACUGCUUCUGGUAACAAAGGUACCUGCGAAAGACAAUUCGAUAUUACGGAGAAGUGUAACUCUACGCUGCAAAGAGAUUACUACUACAAAACUACUAAGCCUAUUUACUUGCAAUGUUUCAGAUGUCUUCCUCAGAAACCAAUAACGAAAUCAUCACUUGAAUCAAUUACACUACAACCGGAAACAUCGCUUAUCACAUCGAAGAAGCCUUCAUCUGAAAUGACCGCUGUAAAUCAUCAAACUGAAGCAAAUGAAGAGUUGAUCAAAACCACAUUGGUACCUGAUGUAGAAUUGAAUACGGUUAAAACGGAAUCGGAAGAAAUUGAAAAAAAUGUGGCAACUACUGCAUUUGAUGUUACCAAUGGAAACAUGGAAAUAAGUGCUGGUGUAAAAAAAACUGAGGACGAAGCAGAUACUAGUUCGAUUGAAACUACCCAAACAACACCUAUGAUCGGUUCAUCGAUCAGCGACGCAGCAUUUGAAAAUAAAGUUGUUGAAACUGAGCCUGGAACGGAAAUGCUCGAAUCUAUGUCACCUAAUAGUCUUUCUGUUGAGCAUGAAACAGAACCUACUCAAGAACCUGUAUCAACAGAUGAAACGGGAUCAAAAAUACAAGCACGUGAAUUCAUACACCAAUCCACUACAGAAAGUGAAGAAUUAAAUUCUUUGGACAGGUCAACAACAGAAAAUGUAAAUAAAAGAGAACAAAGCAGCACAAUAAUGCCAAGUUCUACAAAUGCAGGAAUUACUGAAUUUGGGGAAAAUACAGAAAUAAUAGAUAAAAGAAGCACGAUGGAAGCAAAAUCAAGCGUAGAGCAGAAUGCACAUACCGAAGGUCACAUCAACACAAUUCAUACUAAUGAAAUCACAACAGCAUCAAAUACAGAAAGACGAAAUGAAGCAGUAUCAUCUUCUAAUUUAUCCGUUGCUUCAAACAAUUCAACACUUACUCCCCCCAAACAAAAGAAGAAAAAUCAAUUAUCAUCGAAAAGUGGAGCAUUUUAUACAUAUUUGCAAGGAUGCAUUGUAACUUUCCAAGCAGACUCAUACAAUAAACGUCCUGCGGAAUCGUUCGCUGACUUCCAAGCCUCAACAAUUGCUCAAACUGCAGAAGUUUGUGCCGGACGAUGCUAUCAGGAUGGUUGCACUGGUGCUAGAUACGACCCAUUCAGCAAAGAAUGUGCCCUAGGCUAUAGCGGCAAACAAAUUUGCAACAACGGACCACAACACUUUUUUUAUGAAGCCAAUGAAACUAUUUGGAUUCACUGUACCACAUGUAGAUCGCAUAAGCCAGGUGAUGAAGGUAUCAACAUAGUAGUCCAUUUACCUGAAACAAAAGAAACACAAAAAGUAGAAUCAACCAUAUCGAAUGAAAUUCCGGAGACGAAUUUAAGAAUAGCCUCAGACAAGAGUGCACCAGAAGUUGAAAAAAGCACGGAACAUAUUGCAGAUGCUGAUAAAACUUUAACAUCAUCACCACCACCACCAUUAUCAUCAUCAUUAUCAUCAUCAUCAUCAGCAAUAGAAGAGACAGUAAAAGUUUCACCAAUAACAGAAGAAGUAACUAUUACGAGUACUGGGGAAAAGAAAACGGAAAUAUCAGAACAAGAGCUAAGCAGUGUUGCCAGUCCGACAUCAGUUAUUACUGAAAAGGUUGACGAAUCAGCGAGUACGAAAGAAACAUCCAUUACCGUUGAACCUUUCCAAACAACACCUUUUGGACAAGAUUGCACUCUUUCAUUCCAAGUUAGGCCUAUCGACGCUCAUUCCAAAGAGCCUACCAUUACAACAUCUACAGUAAAAGAUUGCGCUAGACGUUGUUAUAUGGAUGGAUGCAGUGGUGCAAAAUUUAAUCCGAUAAAUGGAGAAUGUUUAUUAAUAUUUGAAGAUCAUCAUCAAUGUGACGAAAAUGAACAACAACAUCAUUCAUUGGAGGCUACCGAACCGAUAUGGAUUUAUUGUAUCAGUUGCAAGAAAGAAUUCGCUGAGAGCACUUUAGGCUUGGCAGAAGAAACAACUACUUUACCAGUGACAGUGGAGAAAUUAAAAGAAGAAGACCAUUCAGCAGCAGCAGAUAAGAGUUCUUCAACUUUGGAAUCUCCAGAAAUUGAAGGAAAGUUACUUACGAGUGUAAGUCAGGAUUUAGAAUCGAAAGGAAAGAUUGCAUCGCAAUUUCCAACUGAUACAGAUGUGGUACCUGAAUCAUCGGUAAGCAUCGGUACUGCUCCUCCUGCUGCAGAAGGCGAAGAGACUUCAAGUUCACCAACAUCACAAUUAUCAAUGGCAUCGGAGAUCGAAACAAUUUCAACCACAUCUGGCAUUACGGAAAAAUCUGAAGGAACAAGCGGUAAUGACGAAUUAGACACUACAAUUCAACCCGAUUUGAUUUCAUUGACUUUACAGACACCAUUAAACGUUCCCACUGACAAUUCGGAAGUUUCCAAUAUUGAUGGCGGAGUUUCUAGAAGUAGCAGCACUUCUUCUACGACUGAGGAGUCAACUCAAACAAGCACGAUAGAGUCUGGUAAACGGAAAGAUGAAAAAGAAGGUACUGAUGUUGAAUUUCAAGAAGAAUUUGAACCGACAACGAUUUCAUCGGAUAUCACUCUUAUGCCAGCUUCUAAUGAGAUAACUGAUGAUAUUGUUGAAGCUGUAGCGGACAUUGUUGCAAACAUCUCAAAAAAUAUACUAGAACCUGAAAUAAAAACAACUGAUAUGUCAGAAGAAUCGAAUACGGAAAGUCACGAAAUAGCGUCAUCCCUUGCAUCUGAGACUCCAUCGAUUACAGAAGAAACUGAAUCAACGUUUGAGGAAGUAGGAACAUCCAACGUAGCAACCGUUGAAGCAGUCAGCGAAAUAACAUCUAUUGAAAACGAAAUAAGCACAUCCAUGAGUACUGUAGAAAAUACCAAAGAAACAUCCGAAAUUGUGGAGAAGGUAUCUGAUGAAACUUUGUCCUCUGAAUCAAUUCCAAAUGCAAUAACUGAGCAGCCAUUUGUGCAUGAGUAUGUCGAUGAUAUCAUCAAAAAGAUUGCUCAAUCAAAAGAUAUCUUGGUAACUGGUAUCAAGCCACUGGUGGCAGAUGCAGCAGUUGAGGAAGAAGUAAUUAAGAAAUUGAUAGAAAAAGAUGAAGGUAUAACUGAUAAGAAUAUCGCCAAUACAUUAGCAAAUGGAGAUGAAGAUAUGACAACAGAACCACCUGUGCAAGCGGUUUCAGAUCUCAUCAGUUUUUUAAGUCGAAAUAUGAAAACUGAAGAAGUGAUCGGACGCACGGAAAAUGAAAAUGAUGCAUUUGUUGUUAAUGAAAUGUCCGUAACAAAGAAGGCAGAUGAUGAAACAAUGACUGGCAUUGCAAUCAGUCAACUUCAGGAAAGCUUCACCAAAAAUUCUCUUCAGAAUCUUGCAAAGAUAAAACCUUUUGAGGAAGCAACUACUGAAUGCCUUGGUCGAAUUGAAUUCGAAAUAGUAGAAGUAGAUUUUUCACAACUGAACAUCACCAAUGAAAUUAUCAUCGAAUCACCAGCUGCAUGCGCCACGAAAUGUUACAAAAUGGCAAAUUGUUUUCUCGCAGCAUAUAAACCAAGCCAAAAUGAUGAAUCAACAGGUGCAGUAUGCAUGCUAACAAGUAAUCCUGCAGUUUGCACAACAGAAGAGAAAUUUAUACCACAACAUAAAUCCGAUCUGUCACCAUUUGCUAUCAGUUGCUUGAAAUGCACCAAAUGCGAUUAUACUAUUAGUGCAGUAACCGAGCUGACGAGGAUACAUAAAGCGGAAACAGUUUUGCCAGCACUUUCCGUUGAACAGUGUAGCGAGAUAUGUUGGAAACAUAACUGCACCGCUGCUCAAUACGAUCAUAAAUCCAAUCUCUGUUCAUUAACAUCGGUGAAUGGUCAAAAGAAUUGCACUCAAGAGAUGCCAAUAACAGUGAAUGGUGAUGAACCGGUAUUAUUGGAAUGUGUCCGAUGUUUCGCAUAA